AUGGAUCAAACGCCGUCAAAGUCAAUUGAUCAACGGCGGACCGAUCAGAAUAAUAAUAAAGAGAAUUUAGAUAAAAAUAGUAUAAAUUCAUGUUCAUGCACCAACAUAAGCAUUAUGCAAUUAUUUCAUGAGAUGAAACAGGAAUAUCCAAAAGUACCAGAUCACAUAGUGCAACAACUAGUGACUGAGAAUUGUCACAAUCGUCGAGCUUGUCUUGAACAGCUUAAUAAAGUCACAGCUUCAUCGCCCGUAACACCGACGAUGUAUCCAUCAAAAUCAAUACAUAGUAAUAAUGAUAAAAGUAAUCAACAGACGCUUCGGAGUCAAGUUAAUGGACUUAAAACAGGAAGUAGUCAAAAGAUGAAGGAGAUGACUGAAAAGUUUGAAAGCACAUCAAUCAGCUCAUCAUCGUCUACAUCCACAUCAAGUAAUUCAAAAUUAAAACGUCCCACAACAUUACCAUUACGUCCAGCGCCUGAUCCGCCUACAUUUAAUUCAAAUAAUCAUCAAAGAACCCCAUCAUCGACAUUAUCAAGUCCAAAUUCCACAACUUCCGUUUCAAGCUUUUCAACAACAUCACAGCAUCACCAGCUUUUUGAACAGGCACAAACACAUCAUAAUGUCGUGCUCGAUUCGACUGCAUCAAAAAUUAAUGAUUCCUUAAAUGUUCAAUUGAAUGUAAAGGUAUCACCAAUAUCAACCAAAAGACCAGCACCUCCUCCCCCGCCUGCCAGACAAAGAUUUACAUCUCAUUUAUCUGUUCAGCCACAGCCUUCAUAUACGAAUUUACUUGAUCAGAAAAAUGAUAUAAUGCAGUAUGGUGGAGCGACAGCUAGUACAGGCACAACAGGUCAACGAAGUUAUACAAAUGUUAAAUUAACAUUAAGGCAACCGUCAGCAUCGCUACAGCCAAUAGAUAUUCAAGCAGGUCCACAAACUCUUAGUUAUUCCAGUAGUUCAUUUAAUGCGCAACAAGGUUGUGAGAGUCAUCUGAAAAUAACUGUUGCAGGAAAUGGCGAGAGUUGUAUACAAGCUGUGCGAACUGCAAAAAAUGUCCCCGAUAUCAAUCAAAUUGAUACGACAAUAAAUAUAGAAGGAAAUUACUUAAUGAAUGAUGAUAUGAAAUCGUCACAAUAUAGAAUUGUUACAAAUCCAUACAUUUUACAUCCGAUACAACAACAACAGCUAGCACUGCCUCAAUCAAAUAAUCGCUUGACUGAAGAUGACUUACGUCAGCUCAUAAAGAGACAAAUUAAACAAAAAGAACUAUUAGAAUGUGAAUUAGAUAAAGAAAAGGAGAAAUUACAGAUGAUAAGACUUGACAUCAUAACUCUCACAACGCCUAUAAUGACGCAAAUUGAACUCCGUGAGUUGUGUGAUGAAAUUACAAGGUUGAGGACGAUUUGUGGGAGAAUAUCUGAUGAGAUUGAUGUUGUAACAUCUCCUCAACCAAGUAGAGCUAUAAUGUCAGCGUCGAGUCCAAGUGUUCCACCGCCUAUUCCAAAAGGCCUCGUCUCGCGAAAAGGUCACUCGCCAAGUAAUUCAUUACUUCCCCAAAUCGACAACAUCAUCAAGUUUCCAGCAUCUCAGCCACCAAGUUAUCACGAAGCGGUAACAAUGCGCGAAACGGAGAGAAUCCCACGACGAGAUGUGAAUAGUAUUGAUGAAAAAUGGACUUGCACAAUUUGCACAUUCCAAAAUCACCAUUUAAUGGAUAUAUGCGAGACAUGUGAAAUGCCAAGAGUUAGCGGUAUAAAAAUUACUUCAAGCAGUUUUCGUCCUAUGCUUGAGAAUAAUCAAUUGCAGGGUGCGACUAACGAUAGUAAUAGUAAUAAUAGCAAUGUGAUUCAAGCUACAGCGCUUUAA